AUGCAUGUUCAUAUUCUACCUUUGGCUCUCUUCUUCCUCCUCUCCUCCUCCUCCUCCUCCACUCCCCACCACCUUCAACGUACUCCCCCCCGGGAGUAUAUUGAGCUUACUCACCCUCUUCCACCCUCUGAUCGCGUGACUCCCGCAUGCACUCGCAAUAUAAUCGAUCACUCCUUCACCAGCUUCCUCAACAAACGUCCCUUCACCAUCCCUUACUUUCCACCCUCCGAUUGCCCCCACCCCUGGUCACACGUCAUCCUGGAAUUUCACGCCAUAUCCAAAGGUCAACAGUACGCCCACAUCGCCGGGUUGUGGCUUGGCGGCUCCGAGCUGCUUCGUACCAGUUCAGCCGAGCCUUGCAAGUCGGGUGAUUUCUGGAAAGUACGUAAAGACAUAAGGAGGUACUCUUCUCUCCUCCUACAAUCCAACCUCAAUGUUACCAUGAUGUUUGAAAAUAUCGCUAACGACGCUGUUACCGGCGCCUACCACGUUAACGUCAAUCUCUUUUUUGUGAAAGAUAAACUAGUUUCUCUUGCCGCUCCGUCUACCCUCUCCAUCCAUAAUUUUAAUCUAAACUCAGGGCUUGAAUCCGAUAAAUAUAACGACCCUCCUGCUGAUUUGAUCAUUCCAAUAUCUCAAGAAGACGGUGACAAGAGAGGAUUUUGGUUUCGCGUUGAGAAAGAAUCGGAUUUCCAUUACAGGAAAGUUAAGUUCCCGCGUAAUACUUACAGAGCAAUCUUGGAGUUGUACGUUUCAUCUCAUGGAAACGAUGAGUUUUGGUAUUCGAACCCUCCAAAUUCUUAUAUAGAGUUGAAUAACUUAACGACUAGUCGUGGUAACGGGUGUUACAGAGAGGUUUUUGUCACAAUUGAUGGGAGGUUUAUCGCCUCAGAAGCCCCGUUUCCAGUUAUAUUUACUCAUGGUGUUAAUCCAUUGCUUUGGGCACCGGUGGUCGCCAUCGGCGCUUUUAGUUUGCCUUCUUAUGACAUCGAUUUGAGCCCGUUUCUGGGUUAUGUUUUAGAUGGAAAGAGACAUAAGAUUAGCAUUGGAGUUGAUGAUGCCAUUUCGUACUGGCUCACGAAUGCGAAUUUGCAUAUUUGGUUAGACCAAAGCUCGUCUGAAGUCGAAGCGAGCUCUGCAGUAUAUCAUUAUCCAAAUCUGAGCCUUGAAACUAACGAAGGUUUCGAGUAUCUUGAAGGAAAAUAUCAGGUUACAGCUCAGAGAAGGACCAUGUUUGUGGGAUGGGUGAAGUCAAGUUUAGGCAAUUUGACCACCAGAGCUGUGAGGCAGUUCAGGUACAAAAAUCACUUAAAAUUUGACAAAAAAGGAGCUUAUAAAUUGGUGCAACAAAGGGUCAAGGUAAGGAGAUCAGUGGAGGUGAGAACUGAGACCGGUCGUUUGGUCAGCUAUGUUCAUAUUCGGAGACGGUUUCCUCUUGAACUGGCGACUCUAAAUGUGGCUAGAUCGAAGAAGAAGGAUAAAUAUGUGCUUUAUACGAAUGUGAGUCAUUCGUUUGUGGAGCAACGUUCGAUUGGGAAGAUUAAGAGUUCUGUUAAUAACAACCAAGUUUCUAGUGGAUGGAUGGAGAUUAAUAAGGAUCAGAAUUCUGUGAAAUCUGGUGAAGGCUUGACAGAGCAGAGCUACGGUUACAGAGAUGAAUCUGGAUGUUAUUCAAGGAGUGUUUCAGCUAGUAAUGGCAAGCUCAUAAAGGACAAGACCGUUCCAUGCUUGUCUUCAUCCUAACAUAUUGUCUUUUAGAUUACGGUUUUCUGGUUUCUUGUUGCCAGUCUAAAUAAUCUAUGUAAUAAUUUGAAGUUUAUGUGUAUCUCAGUUACAAAAUAGUGAAUGUUUCUUGGAUUGGAUUGGACCGUCCCUUCGAUACUAAA